AUGAGCUCCCCCCCCGCCUCUGCCCCCGCCCCGCCGCCGCCGCCGCCGUCCUCGCCCCCCUCCGACGAGGGGCGGCCGAGGGAGGCGACGGAGGUGGACGACCGGGUGGCCUCCCACGUCGACCCGUUCCUCGUGGAGGCGCUCGACAACCCCCGCCACCGCCUCAUGAUUUUGCGGAUGGAAUUGGAUAUACAGAAAUUUAUGCAGAAUCAUCACCUGCAUGAAUUUGAAUUCCAGCAUUUUCCAACUUCUUACCUCCGCUGUGCUGCUCAUCGUGUUGCACAACAUUAUGGUUUAGAGACUACAGUAGCUGAUAGCCUAGUAGAUGGUUCUAAUAGCAGGAUAGUUGCAAGAAAAACACCUGAAAGCAAAUAUCCAGCUAUUGCUUUAUCAGAAGUUCCCGUUAAACAAGCAAGAAAUGAUAUUGAGGCAGCAGAAAAGCUUAAGUUUGUCAUUUGUCAAAGGCCCAAAGCUUCCCAAAAUGGUGCAUAUGGUGCUGGAACCAAUAAUGGUGCGGCGAAAACUGUUGAAGAGAGGAUAGAUGAUUACAAUAAGGCACGAGCACGCAUUUUCAAUGGUUCCAUUCCUGCAGAUGUUGUAGGCCCAAGUGAUUUUGGAGCUUUGUCCAUUGCCAGAAACGAACCGGUGAAUGUUGAGCCUUCUGUUGAUGAGAACAAGGGCUGCACGUUCAAUAGCCGUUCCAGGGUUGCUGUUUUUAAGGACACUGAAAAAGACCGUAGUGAUCCAGACUACGAUCGUAACUACAAAAGGUAUCUUAGGCCCCCUGUGCCUGACUAUGGUGUGAGCCCAGGCGCCUUCAAUUUUGCCGUGCCUCAGUUUGUGCAGUAUGGUGUUGGUUAUAUGCAGUCUCCUAGCAUGCCGAGAAACCAACCUUCUGUGUACUUUGGUCAACCUGAUUUAUCGAUGGGAUCUUCUGGAACUGCUGUCUAUCCACAGUGGCCUACCCCAGCAAUGAUGUACCCCCAUUGCUAUGACAACCUUGGCCAUGUGAUUUCUCAGUUCCGGUGUACCAGUCCUUCAACCAUGGCUAGGAGAUGCUACUUCCUGGGAUGUUGGAACAGAAUUUGUUAA